CUAGACUGCACAUUAUACAUUCUAGGUCCUAGUGAUAUCGUGUCCUUAGCAUCAUGGCUGCGGUUCGGCUUUUGCGCCAGCUGCGCCACUUGCACGCCAGUGCCUCAACGCCAGCGCUUGUCCGAUGCGUAGCUUUUAGGCCCUUUACUGCACAUAGCGCGCCUCUCAAACACUCGCGAGUUCAGCACCACGACGGAGCCGCGGCAGGGACCUUGCGGCUCAGCACACGCUUCGUGGCAGCUGCGGCUGCCGGGGACGGGGUGACACCAGUGACACCCCCGCCGCCGAAGCCGGUGUACAAGGUUCGCCCCAUUACGAAAGACGACGUGGAGAUCGCCUUUGCUCGCUCCAGCGGCGCCGGUGGGCAAAAUGUGAACAAGGUCAACACAAAAGUGGACAUGCGGUUCGAUGUGAGCAAGGCGAGCUGGAUCCCAGAUGAGGUCAAGGACGCUAUGCGGCAAUUGGAGAAGAACCGGUUCACCAGUGAAGGCAUGCUGGUGAUGCAAUCCCAGCGCCACCGCACGCAAGCUCAGAACCUGGACGACGCGCUGGCCAAAGUGCAGGAGAUCAUUGACCGCGCGGUAGAGUACGUGACGCCCAAGGAGGCAGACCCGGAGACCAUCAAGCGCGUGAAGGCGCAGAUCAAGGCGGGCAAGGAGCGGCGGCUAGACAACAAGAAGAAGGACUCGAAUAAGAAGAAGGAGCGCUCGCGCCGCGAUUUUGAUUGAUGCCCCCCUUCUGGGUUAGGCUUGACAUUGAAGUGAAGUGCUGAGGGCAGGCAAAUGCCGCGUAGCAGGAGUGUGAACAGAGUUGGAGGGUGAGGGUGAGAGCUAUACACUGAAUGCUCGCAUGGGGAGUUUGUGUGAUGGUAAAAGAGGGGUUUGGGUUGUGGGAUGCGAUGGUUGGUUGCCAGGGUAUGCUAGGUAGCGUCUAUUUCCACAGUGCAUCGCAAGCAGGCUGGGACUGUGCAGUUGUGGACCACGCGCCGGAAGCGGACGGCAUUUUGGGUAGAUUCGCCGUCCAGCCGGUCGCUUUUUGAUGGUUGCCUGUUACUGGGAACGCGUGUCGGCUGGGCGUCAGUGUGUCCCCCGCUUGGAUCCAGUGUGAUGGACGAGACCUUGCGCAAUUGGCCCUCGCUUUGAGGUCUGAGACGGA